GCCGCGGCGGGGCGGCGGCUGCGGCGGCUGCGGCGGCGACCUGCGAGUACCGCCUCUGUCGGGCCGUGGCGGCGCGCCGUCCGACCGGCCUCCAGUGCUAUCGUGCGGCCAGCAGGCACGGACGCGGCGGCGGCGGCGGACCGGCGCUCGUGACGCGACGCGAGGCGAUUCCGAGCUGCGAGCGGGCGUGAGCUGCGGAUCAGCUGUGCGCUGAGCGAGUGACUCGCAGUGCUGACAAGUGUUGUCGGUGAGUCGAGCGCUGACGUGUGUUUGUGUGUACUUCUGGGUGUGGGGCAAGCGAGUGAGUGGGCGGACGGGCCCGCAGCGCGUUCUAUAGCGAGGGCUGUGAUUGACGGAAAAUGGAGCGGAAGCAGGCCGGCCGGCCCCACGGCUGACGAGGCCAGCGUUCGCCGAGCCAGCUGACGGUCAUAUCCGGCGCCGACUUAUCGGCUGACAGCAGCACCCGGAGCUGACCGGCCUCGCCAGUGACUGCGUGCACCCACCGACCUUUGACGGCCCGUCCGAGCCGCCCAGCAGGGCACGUCACUCGCCGACCACGCCUGCGCCCCGUCAGCCGGCGCGGCCCGGCGCGCGGCGGCCCAAAACUCGGCCGCCGGCCACGCACCAUGACCGGUCGGCCUCGCGGCCAGCUGGGCUGCUGUCUGGGCGCCGGCUGGCCACCUCCGACCGCCGGCCGACACGGCACGUGCUGCGACUCGGCCAGCUCGACGGCUGCGGCGGCGGCGGCGCGGCUGCGCCUGCACAGUCUGGUGCCGAACGGGUCCCGCUGGCGCUCCUCAGAGGACCUGAGCGGCCGCCGGCCGGUCCGCCAGUCGCGGCUCAGUCUGAUGCGGUGUGGCGGCGGCGGCAGCGCGGACGAGUCCUCCGCCGUGACAGUGACGCGCUCGGCGCAGCAGCGACGUGCGGCGUUCUCGGCGAGACGUGACGAGUCCGUGGCCAUGGAGGCGCCGCUGGUGGCGUGCCUGCUGGACCGCACGCCGUCCGUGGUGGUCAGUGACUACAGCCACACGAACAGUACCGAUGACGGUGGCGGUCCUGAGGAGUGGAGCGCCCUCGGUGGUCCGUUCCCCGGCCGGAGACUCUCCAACUGUUCCUCAUGUAGCUGCAGCACGGUCAGCUCGUGCGGCCGCGGCCUCAGCCAGCGUGGCUCCCUGCUCGAUCUCGAGGCCGAGGGCCUGGUGCAGUGUGGCGACGGGCGGCUCGAGCGCGCCCGCUCGCCGGACCUGGGUCGUCGCGAGCGACGCACGUUCGAGCGUCAGGGCUCGCUGGAGAUGGACUGCGGCGGGGCGCUGUCGCCCUGGCAGCGCUCGCUGGACCUAGAGUGGAGCCAGCAAACCCUCCACCCGGCGUGGACAGCCUCCCUCGAGCCGUGGCGCCGCUCGCUCGAGCCCCCCUCCUGGCAUCGCCCAUGGCGCCUCGGUCGACAGCGCUCGCUCGACCUUGACCUGGAUGCGCCCGAGGCGCCGGCGCCGUCAGCCAAUCAGAGGCAAGACGCGUCCGAUCUGACCAAUCAGCGGCUAGGUCUUUCGACGGCAGCCAAUCAGCGGUCCGACCUGGAUCAGGUCAGCCGAGGUCAGACUCUGACGGUGGCGCCCGAGCCUCCGGCGGCUGACCCGACCCGAAAGGUGUCGGAUUGCUCAUGCAGCAGUGUGAGUACCAUCAGUCAGGAAGACGAGGACGAGAUUCGCUCCACGUGCACCGUCGAAGAGGUCACCUCGCACCACUCAAAGCCGUCACAAUGGCGAAAGGUGAAAGGCGUGGUGCAGUGGACUCCGUUCGUACAAACCUACAAGAAACAGAAGUACCUCUGGGUUCAGCUGGCUGGACACCAAGGCAAUUUCCGAGCUGGAGACGAGGGCACCAUCCAGAAGCGGCUCUGUGGUCGAGAACAGGAGUGCCUCAAGCAGCUCAUGCUGGACCCGCUCAGGCCAUACGUACCCGAGUACAGGGGACAGAUCGUCACGGAGGACGGUGAAGACUUUCUGCAGCUGCAGGACCUGCUCGGAGAGUUCGAGGAGCCCUGUGUCAUGGACUGCAAGAUCGGAGUCCGCACUUACCAGGAGGACGAGCUGGCCAAGGCCAAGGAGAAACCCAAACUCAGAAAAGACAUGUACGAUAAGAUGAUGCUGAUCGACAAGUCGGCUCCCACCGACGAAGAACAUCGACUGAAAGCAGUCACAAAGCCCAGAUACAUGGUGUGGAGGGAAACGAUCUCAUCCACUGCCACCCUCGGCUUCCGCAUCGAGGGUAUCCGCAAGAGCGAGGGCUUCUCCAGCAAGGACUUCAAGACGACGCGGAGUCGGCAGCAGGUCAAGGAGGCCGUCACCAUGUUCACAGAGGGAUACCCCGACGCCGUGAGUCAGUACCUGGAGAGACUGGAGCGGAUACGAGCGGCGCUCAGUGAGUCGCACUUCUUCAAAACGCAUGAGUUUAUCGGCUCAUCGCUUCUGUUCGUGCACGACGCGUCGCACGCCUCCGUGUGGAUGAUCGACUUCGCCAAGACGACUCCGCUGCCUCCCGGCGUCAAUAUCAGUCACGGCGCUCCCUGGAGGCCGGGAAACCACGAGGACGGCUACCUGACCGGCAUCACCAGUCUCAUGAGCAUCCUUCGAGAGAUGGAUGCUGAGGCUAGUCCCUGAGCAGGGCGACCGGGUGCCUUCCGAGCAGUGGGCACGCUUUGUGAGAGAGAUGCCACCGGAGGCCAGCCCCAGGGCGGACAAUGGGAUGGGGUGGAUUUCUGAGAGGAGCAUUUCACUGAAGACAAGUUGCGAGAGUUAACAGCACCAGGAAAAGACAAAUGCUAAGACUAAGAGCACUAUCAACAUCCGGCGAUGGCAGUAUUAGACAAAAACGGCUUUGUUUCUGAUAAAGUCGAAACACGUGACCACGGACUCAUGAGAUGUUUUCUGGCAAUAUCAAGGAAGCGUUAAAUUUACACAGUCAAAACAGGCUUGAAUGGUAUGCCCCCAGUGUUGAGACGAGCCCUUCCUUUGUGAAACCUAGAUUAAUUCUUCUUUUCUCUUUUUGAAACAACAUGACAAAAGGGCCUGUAACUAUUUUUCCUGAGUGCACAAAUAACAUUUUUUAUUACUUUGAAGACAAGAUCUGGGUGCUGCGUUUGAAGGAAGACAAGUGUGCUUGGUUUCAACGAUAUGAAGCGUUGUAAAUGAGAGCUGGCCUGCUCGCAUCUGUUGAUUCAAGCUCAUGCGCAGGCCAGCUUUGGUGAUGUGUUUUAUUUUGGUAACAAUCCACAAUGACAGACACUUUUUAUCUCCUGAUAAUGCUAACUUAUACAUACGCUGGCUUUAGAAAGGGCGAUGAGACUUAUUAGACCGAUGUAAUUGCCUCUGUAUGCAUUUCCAAGUUUGUUAUUCAAAUGGCAACUAAGUGGAAAUGAUUUCAAAGUCUUCCGUGAAUUGAGUGGUCAACGUCGCUUACCUUGAAAAAGUCACUCGAAUCCUGAACAGCCAAUCUUAUUUUCCAUAAGCGGAUAACUUCAAAAGUUAAGCGUGUGCUCUAAUUUCGAUUGGUCUACUUGACAACCGAUUUUGUGAUCGUGCCUGUGUAGCUUUUGAUGUCGAGAUCCACGGCAUCCCCAAAUCGUCUGCCAAGCGUUCUGACCGUACCCAUUGGCUCACAUGAGUGCCGCCGAAAUGUUCGUUGGUGUGUACAGUGAUCCUCGUGGCCUCCUGAUUGGCUCAGGGAUGACAGCUCUGUAUCUGUCGGUCUGUCAACUUCCGACAGGGCCCUAAACGUAGCCUGGGGCUGGACAGAGGCAGCUGCUGUCCUGUGUCUCCGCCUCUCUGUGUCUUAUCCGCCGCGUGGGCCGGGCGCGGCUUGGUCUGGGCCUUUGGAUCUCGUCGCCCGUCGAGUGCCCGGUGGCCGGUGUCAGAGGGGUGGGUGCGGGGCUGCUAAGACGGACCCUCGGCGCGCUAUGUGAUGGUGUAGUGAGCUGCGGGAGGGUGGCGUGUGCCGGUUGGUGCCUAGCUGUGUUGGGUUCAGGAUGCCGAUGCGCACAUAUUGUGUUUUUCGCAUAACCUCGGGUACGCGCGCGCGAUUGUUUGAGCUAUGUUUACCUCGCGCAGACAGCGUGUCGACGCCUCCAAUGUACAAAGGCAUACACGAUGCCGCUGUAUUGAAGGGAAUGUAUCAGUCAUGUAUGGUGCUUAUUAUAAUUUGCAAUAGAA